AUGGUCAGUAUUUGUGAUCAUCAUUAUCAUCGUCGUCGUUGUCGUAAUAGUAGAGCUACUGCAGCAUCAGUAGCAGAAAUAGGAGUUGUAGGAGCAGCAGUUGUAGCAGUAGUAGUAGUGGCAGUACCAGCAGCUGUAGCACCAGCAGUAGCAGCAGUUGUAGUAGCUGUAGCAGCAGCUGUAGCACCAGCAGUAGUAGCAGUAGCAGUAGCAGCAGUAGUAGUAGCUGUAGCAGCAGCUGUAGUACCAGCAGAAGCAGCAGUAGUAGUAGCUGUAGCAGCAGUCGGUAGCAACCAGCGAAGCAGCAUAGUAGCUACACACUGUACACGCAGAAGCAGCAGUAGUAUUAGCAGUAGCAGCAGCUGUAGCACCAGCAGAAGCAGCAGUAGUAGUAGCUGUAGCAGCAGCUGUAGCACCAGCAGAAGCAGCAGUAGUAGUAGCUCACCAGCAGUAACAGCAGAAGUAGUAUCAUUAGCAACAGUAGCAGUAGCAGCAGCUGUAGCACCAGCAGUAACUGCAGUAGCAGUAGCAGCAGUACUAGCAGUAACAGCAGCUAUAGCACCAUCAGUAGCAGCAGUAGUAGUAUCAUUAGCAACAGUAGUAGUAGCAGCAGCAGUAGUAGCAGUAGCAGCAGCAGUAGCAGCAGCAGUAGUAUCAUUAGCAACAGCAGUAGCAGCAGCAGUAGUAGCAGUAGCAGCAGCUGUAGCACCAGCAGUAGCAGCAGUAGUAGUAUCAUUAGCAACAGUAGUAGUAGCAGCAGUAGUAGCAGUAGCAGCAGCUGUAGCACCAGCAGUAGCAGCAGUAGUAGUAUCAUUAGCAACAGUAGUAGUAGCAGCAGUAGUAGCAGUAGCAGCAGCUGUAGCACCAGCAGUAGAGCAUGCAGUUAGCAGUAGUAUAGCAGCAGUAAGUAGCAGCAGCACACAAGUAGCAGCAGCAGUUGUAGCAGUAGCAGCAGCUGUAGCACCAGCAGUAGCAGCAGUAGUAGUAUCAUUAGCAACAGUAGUAGUAGCAGCAGUAGUAGCAGUAACAGCAGCUGUAGCACCAGCAGUAGCAGCAGAAGUAGUAUCAUUAGCAACAGUAGUAGUAGCAGCAGUAGUAGCAGUAACAGCAGCUGUAGCACCAGCAGUAGCAGCAGAAGUAGUAUCAUUAGCAACAGUAGACAGUAGUAGCAUUAGAAAAAUAACGAUGGUUAUGGUGGGUGGUGGUUGUGGAUGUUGUAGUGGAGGUGGUGAUCAUGCUGCGGCUGCUACUGUUGUUGUUGCUGCUGAUGCUGAUGGUUGUAAUGCCGACGAAUGA